AUGAAAAUCGUUGAAAAUUCUUGCCUGGAUACGGAAAGCAAACUCAAUGAUACUGAAGCCUUUUAUCAGGAUUUGUACAUGGAGGAGCCGAUUGACAUGGAUUGCCUGAACGCCAUGUUGGGACAUAUCAAUCGCACUUUAUCAUCGGAAGAUACUGCACAGAUUAUGGCGUCAAUAGAUUAUAAUGAUAUCUUGGAUGACGCCCGUCCAACACCCAAAGAGAGUAGCCCAGAGCUAGAGAGCAUUGGCUAUAAGAUACGUUACCUCUUUGUAUCCCAUCCAAGCUGUCGGGACAUUAUCCACCAGGUAUUCAAUGAAGCUAUCCAUUUGGCAAAGUUCCCAACACCUUGGCAGGCCUCGUGUACCGUCAUUCUACACCAGAAAGGUGCCAAGAAUGACCUCGCCAACUAUCGGCCCAUCACACGUAUUGCAGCUGACUGCAACGCUUUUACCCGAAUAAUGAACUCUCGAGUUGUCCAAGUUGCUAACAAGAUUAUCACCCCCUACCAAUGUGGUUUCCUGCCAGGUCGUUAUAGCGAUGACCAUGGCAUGUCCCUAAGUGCUUCUAGAUAA